AUGCUUGCCCCCUGCAGAGCAACACAAAGGAUCUGUUUGGGAGAAGCCUUCAGUGCACCUGCGGGUUCCACAAGCCAGCACAUCUGUCAUCAGGCACUGGGUCCAGUGCUGCUGGGUCCAGUGGUGCUGCUGCGUCCAGUGCUGCUGGGUCCAGUCGGGCUGGGACCAGUGGUGCUGCUGCGUCCAGUGCUGCUGGGUCCAGUCGGGCUGGGUCCAGUGCUGCUGGGUCCAGUGGUGCUGCUGCGUCCAGUGGUGCUGCUGCGUCCAGUGCUGCUGGGUCCAGUCGGGCUGGGUCCAGUGCUGCUGGGUCCAGUGGUGCUGCUGCGUCCAGUGCUGCUGGGUCCAGUCGGGCUGGGACCAGUGCUGCUGCUGGGUCUAGUGGUGCUGCUGGGUCCAGUGGUGCUGCUGCGUCCAGUGGGGCUGCUGCGUCCAUCCGAGUCAGCACAGAGGAAGAGGGAGUCCGAGGAGACACAGAGGCAGGAGCAUCAGCUGCAGCACCUGGAGUGCAGUGCUUCCAGUGCAAGCAGCUUGUGGAUGGAGAGCACUUUUCACAGCAUCUGCUUGACCAUCACACGGAGGAGACCUGUGACAGCUGCGGGGCCAAGCACUCAUGAAGCCAUCCCCACAAAAACCAACUGUGUUGACACCGACACCGACACCAGCACCAACACCAUCUCCAACACCAUCUCCAGCACCAUCACCAGCACCAUCUCCGCUCCCCUCAUGCAGUUCUGCCAUGCCACCCCACACUCCGUUCAAAGCACCAUCCAUUAA